AGUUGAGUGUUAUACUCCUCUCCAUUUUUGGUUCUGCUCUUCAUCUUCUUCUAGAUUUUCUAUCCAUUUCUUUGUGAAAAAAAAAAAAGAAAAAGAAAAAAAGAAAAAAGACAAGUAGCAAUAUUUCCAGCUCACAUUUACAUUGAAAAAUGAUUUUGUUAGGCAAAGAGCAAAGUUUGUGCCGUGCGUGUUAAAAUAGGAGAUCAUGUCUUUAGCAGUUGUUAGUAUGGCCAUUGUCACUGCUGUUGGCAAGGUCAAGACGUGGAUUGUUACUGCUUUUGACAAGGCCAAGGAGUGGGUUGUUGCCACUAUUGUUGUUGCUGUUGUUGCUAGUGUUGGUAAGGCUAAGGGGUGGGUAGUUGCUGCUGUUGGCAAGGCUAAGGAGUGGAUUGUUGCUACCAUUGGCAAGGCUAAGGAGAGUGCAAGACAUUACAAAGGUGGCCUCUAUGUGUUUCUUACAUGCAUUGUUUCGGUUGUUGAUGGCUUACUCUUUGGCUACAACAUUAGAAAUUUAGAACAAAAAAGCUGGCCUAUUCAAGAUGGAGGAUCUCUCUUGGCCUCACAGGAGUAUUGGCACUUUUGUGACAAUGGAGCAAUUCUUCUUCUCAAGACACCUAAAGGCUUAAUUGAGCAAGGAAAAAGGGAGAAAGGCAGAAGAAUCCUUGCCAAAAUCAGAGGAAUUGAUGAUGUUAACAUAAAGUUUGAGGACAUGAUACAUGCUAGUGAUUUGGCUAACUCUAUCGAGCAUUCAUUUAGGAAAAUGCUUGACAGAAGAAACAUACCAAUAUUGGUAAUGGCCAUCUUCAUGCUAGCAUUCAAAAUCCUAAUGGGCAUGAGUUUCAUUCUCUUCUAUACUGCAGUGUUCUUUCAAAGCAUAGGGUUUGGAGAAAAUGCAUCGCUCUAUUGCUUAGUUGACAUAGUAGCCGUUAUGGUUGUAUCUACCUUUAUAUCCAUUGCCAUAGUAGAUCGAUUGGGGCAAAGAGUUUUACUCAUCAGUGGUGGAAUUCAAAUGAUUCUAUGUCAGAUCAUAAUUGCUAUAAUCUUGGGACUUAAGUUUGGGGACAAUCAAUCUCUGUCCAAGGACUAUUCAGCAUUGGUGGUGGUGGUGCUUUGCCUCCUUGUUUUAGCCUUCGAAUGCUCAUGGGAGCCUCUUUAUAAUAGCUCAAAGCUCCCUUUCCAUGCUUUGCACACUCAAGUUCGAGACAAUAGUUUUGUGGAAAAACCAUUGGCUCUAGAAGAGAAUAGUCCUUGCAUCUAGAGGUUGGUGGGAGUAUUUACAAGGACAAUGUUGUUUCAUUCGAAUUGAGUGCUGAAGCUGUGCAUAAACUGUGCAUAAAUUGUGCAUACGCUGUGCAUAAACUGUGCAUAAGCUGUGCAUAAUAACCUUCUCUUUUGUUCCUUAGCAAACUUCAAACUUUGUUUUUGCUCUUGCUCCACACAAACUUGUUUAUUGGCAGCCAAGUCUUUGUCCAACAAAGUAAUUUUGUCUUU